GAUUAUAGGUGUACAUGUACAUGUAUAUCCGCAUAUUCAUAAUACGGGUUGAUUGCCUAGAUUGUACAUGCGCGCAAUGGUGUCUAAAUGGGGAGAAAUGUUUCGGCAUGUCACUCCGUGGCUGCUUGGCUGCCUCUCAGGGACUUCCGCAGCGUAAGAGUCCUGAUUGCGUCUCUCCAGAGUUUCUUCUGAUCGUGGAACAAUUUCUGGCACAGCACGUCAGUGAGGUGGAGGGCAAGAGUAACAGAUUUGAUCUGCUGCACCAGCUCGCCGGACUUCCGCCACCCUCGUUGCCUACACCAGCCCGGGGCUCACUCCACCGAGCCAAAGUCAAACGGGUGACCAUUGGUGCGACCAUCGAUGAGGCUGAGGAUGAGGGAUCACCCUGCAAAGAAUCUCAAGAGCAAGUACAUGGGCAGGGCCAAAAAGGAGGAUCGAUCACAAACGGCUUUCAGAGAUUGAGGUCGACAGGAUCGGGGUCGACGGUAUCGGGACAGAUCUUAUGCAAACAGCACGAGACCGCUCCACACCUCGAUGCUGGGAAGAUCGUCCAAUUUCUGGACGACAAUGCCGAGGAGCUGAAAUAG